AUGGUCGCCGCCAAAAACCUCAGCCUCGCCGCCCUCCUGUGGGUUGGCCUCGCCAGCCGCGGUCUCGCCCUGGAAAUCGACCAGAGCACCAACGACCUCACCCUAGUCCAGAGAGCCGAAGCCGAGUCUCUCGAGGCCCGCGCCGUCGAGGAAGCCUCGAUUCUCGACACCCGUACCAUGAGCAUCCAGAUCGUGCCCAACCCCCCGUCUUCCCACGCCGGCAAGCGAGAGGCCGAGGAGGUUGAGGAGCGUGACGUCGAAGAACUCGACGAGCGAGAUGAUGAGGAGCUCGAUGAGCGUGAUGUGGACGAACUAUACGAGCGGCAUGACGACGACAUUUAUGAGCGGGAUGAUGAAGAACUCGAUGAGCGAGAUCUCGAAGAACUGAUCGAGGAGCGCGACUUCGAAGAGUUCGAUGAGCGUGACCUCGAUGAGCUUGACGAGCGUGAUUUCGACGAGGAGCUUGAAGAGCGCGACUUCGAGGAACUCGAGAUUCGUGGAUCAAAGGGUGGCCAUCGCAAUGGCGCCGGUGUUCACAUCAACCGCCCUGGUCCUCGUGACAUCGAAGAGGAGCUUGACGAGCGUGACUUCGAGGAGGAGCUUGACGAGCGCGACUUCGAUGAUGAGCUUGAUGAGCGUGAUUUCGAGGAGCUCGAGACUCGCGGAUCAAAGAGCGACCAUCGCAAUGGAGCGGGUGUCCACGUCAACCGCCCUGGUCCUCGUGACAUCGAAGAGGAGCUUGACGAGCGUGACUUCGACGAGGAGCUUGAUGAGCGUGAUUUCGAGGAGCUUGAGGUUCGCGGAUCAAAGAGCGGCCAUCGUACUGGCGCCGGUGUCCAUGUCAACCGCCCUGGUCCUCGUGAUAUCGAGGAGGAGCUCGAUGAGCGUGACUUUGAGGAAGAGCUUGACGAGCGUGACUUCGAGGAGCUCGAGAUUCGUGGAUCAAAGGGUGGCCAUCGCAAUGGCGCUGGCGUCCACGUUAACCGCCCUGGUCCUCGCGAUAUCUAUGAGGAGCUCGAUAUUCGUGGAGCCAAGGGCGGCAGAACUGGUGGCUCUGGCCCUCGUGUCAACAGACCUCCUCGUUCUAUCGACGAGGAGCUUGAAACCCGUGGAGCUAAGGGCCACAGGACCGGUGGCUCGGGCCCUCGUGUCAACAGACCUCCUCGUUCUAUCGACGAGGAGCUUGAAACCCGUGGAGCUAAGGGCCACAGGACCGGUGGCUCGGGCCCUCGUGUCAACAGACCUCCUCGCUCUAUUGAGGAAGAGCUCGAGACCCGCGGAGCCAAGGGUGGCAGAACUGGCGGCUCUGGUCCUCGUGUCAACAGACCUCGCGCCGUCGAGGAAGAGGUCGAGCUCGAGGCCCGCCUGAACCGAGCAGUCCCGCUGGACAAGGCCCCCAAGACCCCCUUCAGCAAGAACAAGUACUGGUCAAUCAGCCGCGCUUGGAAGGACUUCACCAAGCUGCCCCAGAAGGCCUAA